AUGGCGACGGCCAUGUACUUGGAGCACUACCUGGACAGUAUAGAGAACCUUCCCUGCGAGCUUCAAAGGAACUUUCAGCUGAUGCGAGAGCUGGACCAGAGAACGGAAGAUAAGAAGGCGGAGAUUGACCUCCUUGCUGCGGACUAUAUCGCCAAGGUGAAGGGGCUCUCUUCAGAGCAGCGUGUGGAGCACUUGCAGAACAUCCAGAGCGCCUAUAACAAGUGUAAGGAAUACAGCGAUGACAAGGUGCAGCUGGCCAUGCAGACCUAUGAGAUGGUGGACAAGCACAUCCGGAGGCUCGAUGCAGACCUGGCGCGCUUCGAGGCCGACCUCAAGGACAAGCUGGAGGGCAGUGACUUCGAGAGCCCUGGGGGACGAGGCUUAAAAAAAGGGCGGGGCCAGAAAGAGAAACGAAGCUCCCGGGGCCGAGGCCGGAGGACGUCGGAAGAGGACACUCCGAAGAAGAAGAAACACAAAGGCGGGCCUGAGUUUGCCGAGCCCCCCCUGCCAAUGCACUCCUCGGAUGUCCUGGACAUGCCUGUGGACCCCAAUGAGCCCACCUACUGCUUGUGCCACCAAGUGUCCUAUGGGGAGAUGAUCGGCUGUGAUAACCCUGAUUGCCCCAUAGAGUGGUUCCAUUUUGCGUGCGUGGACCUCACCACAAAGCCGAAAGGAAAAUGGUUCUGUCCUCGGUGCGUCCAGGAAAAGCGGAAGAAGAAGUAG